AGCGUGUCUGUACAUAUAUACACAGUGCACGUCGGAACGCUCCACACCGUCAGGCACGAAAGCUUGGUAGUAACAGACUUGAUAUUUUCAGUGUGGAGAAGGACACGCUAUAAGGAUGGCCAGAGUUAUUGUGACGCUGCUUGCACUAACGCUCGCUGCUGCGGUGACCCAAGGAGCCCUCCACCGUAGUUACGCAGAUAAUCCAGCGUUCCCAGGGAUGUGCGCCGACAUCGAAACAGGCGUUUUCCCUGAGGGUUCCAUCCGGCAUUUGAAAGGCUGUUUACGGGCAGAGUGCUCACGUGAAGGGGACAGAAUGCUUAUCACGUAUGCCUCCUGUUCUCCCGUAAGUGUUCCAGCAAACUGUAAACUGGUUUCAGACGAAUCACUGGUUUACCCUGGUUGCUGCCCUGAGCCUAAAUGCUUCUAAGAGAUUCUGAGCUGUAAACCAGUGAUGACUGUUGCUAUCAUUACCAAUUCAUACCUUUAGUGGAGCUUCAGUAAUAUAUAUAUAUAUAUAUAUAUAUAUAUAUAUAUAUAUAUAUAUAUGUAUAUAUACAUUCUUUUUUCUUUCUUUUUAUGAUAAGCCUAAUGAUAACGGUGAAUAGAUGUAUUUCUUAGAAAGCAUUAUGUGUUUUGAUUCCUUUUAUUAUGCCAAUUAAGCAGUGUAUUAUGAACGUAGGCAACGAAUUCAUAUGUAAUGCAUUUUUUAGAUUGGAGAAAGAAGUGGAAAACUGAUAAUACGGCA